AUGGGCUUUGCCCUGGAACGGUUCGCGGAAGCGGUGGACCCGAAUUUCAAGUGCAAGCUGUGCGGCCAGGUGCUGGAGGAACCCCUCUGCACUCCGUGCGGCCACGUCUUCUGCGCCAGCUGUCUGCUGCCCUGGGCGGCGCGGCGGAGCCGGUGCCCGCUGCAGUGCCAGCUCUUGGCGCCCGGCGAGCUGCACCGGGUGCUGCCGCUGCGCAACCUCAUCCAGAAGCUGCGCAUCCAGUGUGACUACCGCGCUCGCGGCUGCGGUCGCACCGUCCGGCUCCACGAGCUGGCAGCGCACCUCGAGCACUGCAACUUCGGCCCUGCCCGCUGCCGCCGCCGCAGGGGCUGCGCCUCGGAGCCGGGCCGCGGCCGCUGGGACGUGCCCAAGCGGGGGGGCUGCGGGCCGACACCCGGGGCCGGUUGGGGCGGGGGCGCGCGCGGGGGGCCGCCGGGCGGCCGCUGCAGGAGCCGGCGCGGGCGGGGACCAGGGCCGCGGGCUCUCGCCUGGAGGCGGCGCGAGAAGGCGCUGCUGGCGCAGCUCUGGGCGCUGCAGGGCGAGGUGCAGCUCACGGCCCGUAGGUACCAGGAGAAAUUCACCCAGUACAUGGCUCACGUCGGCAACUUCACCAGGGACCUGGGCGGCGGCCACGGCCGGGGUGGAGAAUAUAAGCCCUUCACCAUUUUGUUAGAAAGAGAAAAUGACACCUUGGGAUUCAAUAUUAUAGGAGGUCGACCAACUCAGAAUAAUCAGGAAGAAACAUCAACUGAAGGAAUUUAUGUUUCAAAAAUAUUGGAAAAUGGACCUGCUGACAGGGCAGAUGGCCUGGAGAUACAUGACAAAAUCAUUGAGGUCAAUGGGAAGGAUCUUUCAAAGGCCACCCACGAAGAAGCAGUGGAAGCUUUUCGAAAUGCCAAGGUGCCCAUUGUGGUUCAGGUGCUAAGGCGAACGCCUCUCAGCCAGCCAGCCUAUGGAGCAGCCCCGGAGGUGCAGCUCACGGACGCCAGCACCCAGACGGACAUCAGCUUUGAACGCAUCAUGGCCCUGGCCAAGCUUAAGCCACCUACCCCUCCAGUGCCGGACAUCUGUCCUUUUCUGCUCUCAGACAGCUGCCAUUCUCUUCACCCAAUGGAACGUGAAUUUUAUGAGGACAACGAGUAUCUUUCCAGCUUGCCUGCUGAUGCAGAGAGAACAGAGGACUUUGAAUAUGAGGAGGUCGAGUUGUGUCGUGUUAGCAGUCAGGAGAAGCUAGGCCUGACAGUCUGUUACCGAACGGAUGAUGAAGAAGACACCGGCAUUUAUGUCAGCGAGGUUGAUCCGAAUAGUAUUGCUGCCAAAGACGGCCGAAUUCGAGAAGGAGAUCGUAUUUUGCAAAUAAAUGGUGAAGAUGUCCAAAAUCGAGAAGAAGCCGUGGCAUUGCUCUCUAGCGACGAGUGCAAGAGAAUCCUGCUGCUUGUUGCAAGGCCAGAGAUUCAGCUGGAUGAAGGCUGGCUGGAAGAUGAAAGGAAUGAAUUUUUAGAGGAGUUAAACUUGGAGACGUUGGAAGAAGAGCAUAAAGAAGCAAUGCAGCACAUUGCCAAUGAGGUGGAGCAGCCAAAAAAGCAAGAAGAAGAAGAAGGCACAACAGACACGGCAACGUCCUCAUCCAACAACCAUGAGAAGGACAGUGGAGUAGGACGCACAGAUGAAAGCUUGCGAAAUGAUGAGAGCUCAGAGCAGGAGAAUGCAGCUGAGGACCCCAAUGGCACUUCUUUGAAGAGCAAAAGAGAGCUGGGGCAGAGUCAAGACACCCUAGGAAGCGUUGAACUUCAGUGCAAUGAGAGUUUUGUGUCUGGUGAAUACAUUGACUCGGACUGCGUUGGCAACCAAGAUGAGGAGUGUGAAAGAUUUCGCCAGCUCUUGGAGCUCAAAUGUAAGAUUCGAAACCAUGGAGAGUAUGACCUGUAUUACUCAAGCAGCACAAUUGAAUGCAAUCAAGGGGAGCAAGAGGGAGUGGAGCAUGAGCUACAGUUGCUUAAUGAAGAGCUGAGAAACAUUGAACUUGAGUGCCAGAAUAUCAUGCAGGCUCACAGGCUUCAGAAAGUGACAGACCAGUAUGGUGACAUCUGGGCACUGCAUGAUGGAGGAUUCCGAAAUUAUAACACCAGCAUAGAUUUGCAAAGGGGAAAAUUAGAUGACAUUAUGGAACACCCAGAGAAGUCAGACAAAGACAGUUCUAGUGCUUACAACACAGCUGAAAGCUGCAGAAGUACUCCACUAACUGUGGACCGUUCCCCUGACAGUUCCCUUCCAAGAAUGAUCAACCUCACCAAUAAGAAAAACCUGAGAAGCACAAUGGCAGCUGAUCAGUCCUCUUCUGGACAGAGCAGUAAAGAGUCAACCUCCACCAAAACCAAAACCACUGAACAAGGUGGUAACCUUGAAGGCAAGGAGAAGAUUUUGGAAAGCAACAAACUUCCUGAGCAAGAGAAGACAGUUGGAGAGCACAUUCCUUACCUCUCUCCUUACCACAGCUCCUCGUAUCGAUAUGCAAACAUCCCCGCACAUGCCCGGCAUUAUCAGAGCUACAUGCAGUUAAUUCAGCAGAAAUCUGCAGUCGAGUAUGCUCAGAGUCAGCUCAGCUUGGUGAGCAUGUGCAAGGAGUCUCAGAAGUGUUCAGAGCCCAAGAUGGAAUGGAAGGUGAAAAUUCGGAGCGACGGGACACGGUACAUCACCAAGAGACCAGUGCGAGAUCGAAUUCUGAAGGAACGUGCCUUAAAGAUCAAGGAGGAGCGGAGCGGCAUGACUACAGAUGAUGACACCAUGAGCGAGAUGAAAAUGGGGCGCUACUGGAGCAAAGAGGAGAGAAAGCAACACCUGGUUCGUGCCAAAGAGCAGCGUCGGCGCCGAGAAUUUAUGAUGCGGAGCCGGUUGGAGUGUCUCAAGGAGAAUCCUCAGAGUGGCAGUGAGGGCAAGAAGGAGAUCAGCAUCAUUGAACUGAGUCACAAAAAGAUGAUGAAAAAGAGAAACAAGAAAAUUUUGGACAACUGGAUGACAAUCCAAGAACUGAUGACCCAUGGGGCCAAGUCUCCUGACGGAACGAGAGUCCGCAAUGCCUUUUUGUCAGUCACCACUGUAUGACUGUAUGCGCACAACUGAUUUUAAGAAGGUGCUACCAGUUUGGGUAGAGUAUGAUUGCCUCGUUCAAUGUGGCAUUUUUAUAUAUAUUUUGUGACUAUAGUUUAAAUUUUUUGUAAGCAAAAAUAUCUGGCAAUUUUUCAUUUGUUUUUUCGUAUACUGGUACCUUCUUUUUGGCUGAGAUCUUUCUUUAUCUUGUGAUAUAUUCAUAUUACUCAUUUAUAAAAAAAAAAGGAAAGAAAAGAAAACUUCAAAAAAAAAAAUCCUUGAAGAAAAGUACUUAGGAGCCAAUUAAUUUCCUAUUUUAAUGUAUCUAUUGUAAGUUAAGAUCUGGAUUUAUUGCUCUAGUUUACUUAUUUUCUACUUUAAUUAAACAACUCAAUGCCAAAACAUUUCUAUGCUUGCUUCUUGGCAUAAUACAUAUGAAAUCAAUCUGUUAAUAAAUCACAUGCCACAUCUUGUCUUACACAUUAAAAAACAUCUCUUUUUAACAUCCCAUUGUACAUUUAGCACAUAAAUGGCCAUUGUCUUUGUCUCAGUAAAGUGUAAGUGGACAAUCUUCCUGUGAUAUGUAGUGACAUUGGACAUGUAGCUAGAUAAUUGUGGUAAUUGUGAUGAUAAAAGGGGAAUAAAUUAUUGAUUAUCCUUAAGAAAAGUUAUCAAGGAGUGUUUUAUUUUCACUGUCCACUGUGGUUAACAGAUGUAAAUUAGUUCUAUGCAUAUAAUAUUUAGGAGACUCCUAAUUGUGGAUUAUAAAAUGUGCACAUUUUCUGUCACUUUUAUUUCUAUAACUUAUCCUGAGAUACUUCUUAAAGAUCAUUGUGUCACAUGUUCCUACCAGGAUUAAAGUAGAUAAUAGAUGUAGAGCAUCUAACAGAGUGCGAUGGUCCGUAAGUCUGAAUUAAAAAUUCAAUAAACAUUAGUUCGUGACCCCCUUUCCUGCCACCCAUGUAAGGUAAAGUUAAGAAAAAUUUAGGAAAAGACAUGGAAGAGAGGAUGAGUGAGGUGUCUGAGACUUGGAGAUUGUUUAUAACGAUAUUGUAAUGACACUAAUGACAUUUAUUUAGUUGACCCGUUGGGAAUAAAUUUGGGGGGAACCAUAUUUGCAGUAAUUACCAGAAUACUCAACUAUAAAGACUUUUUAUGUCAGUUUAUUAAAUGAAAUUGUUAGAUUAUUUAAAUCUAGUUUCUCGUCAUAUAAACACUAAUCCAUAUCAUAUAUAAAUCACAAUGUGCUAUUGAGAGAAAGCAUUCCAUUUUUUAGGCCAGAUCAGUCAUGUAUAUGCAAACGUGGGCUUGAUCAAAUUCUCAUCCUAUUAGAUUGUUGUAACAUAAUAGAGACACAACCUGUGACUAUUUCUGAAGCUACUUUCCCGUUUUAAAACCUGCAAUGGCUCUUUACUAGCUCCUGAGUCUACGACUCUGACACCUCAGCCUUGUAUUUAAGGCCCUCAGUUAACUUGCCUGCCUUGUCUACUGCAUCCCUCCUUUAAAUCUUCUCUGAGUCAGACCUGGCUGCUUAAUAUCCUGCUUGUUUACACUCAAGUUAUCUCAUGCUAUUCUUCUGAGGUCUCUGUGCCAAAUCCUAUACCGACCCUAGCGUGUAAUCACAUACACAUUUCCCUUGUGAAGCCUAUUUUGAUGACACCAAGAUUUUCCCCUUACUUUGAAUCUCUCAGUUCUUUGGCAUACACUCUGAUGCACCUGCAGUACUGUUUUACCUUGGAAAUUUUAUUAUUUGGUUAUUCAAUAACAUCCAUCGAACUUAUUGUCUCCCUGCAUAGAUUUUAAGUUCACGGAGGGAGGCAGUUGUGUCUUCCUCUGUCUCCGUAAGUCUCUGGUACAACGCCAUGUGAAUAAUAAUAAAUACUGGUUGUGUUAAAUUAUUUCAUACAUUCAUCUCUCUCCUCCACCACAUAUAGCCCUUCUCUUAAUAUUUUCCUUGUUCACUUACCCUUCCAAGUUCCUAUCUUUUUAAGGGCUAUAACAUAAAUAGAAAAAAACUAAUCAAAUUAUAUAUAAUGAAAAGAUAGACUCAAAAAUCUACAAAAAUAGUGACAGAAAUAGAAAACUAAAGCCAACUGAAAACAUUGUCACUUCUAACUUUAGCCAUUGUUUAUCCAUUGAAUAAGACCAUUCUGAAUACACCCAUAGUUAACUCUUGAUCUAAUCAUUUUAAAUAAAAAUGUCUGUCUGUCUUAACUCAAAUUCUUUCCUAACCUAAUGCCUGUGGUUAUUGUUUAUCUUGACACAAUGAGGUUUAAAUUCUCAUUGAAUUUGAAAUAUUUCUAUAUAUAAAUGU